UGUUUUUGCAGAAAAAAACAAGCAACAAUGCGUCGAUUGCAAUUUGGAUUUGUAGCGCUCUUGAGCGUUCUUGGAAGUAUUCUGGCAUCUUCGAUCGCCGGACACAGACACAUUCCGAAGGAGAACUUCCUUAUCACCGAUCAUCUGGCGGACGGUGAAUUUGAGCGGCGGAUAAGCUUCAAUGGAUUGAUUGGGAAACAAACGAGCGUCAGUCAAACCACGAAGUCACUGAGCUUGUGGCAACUGACAGAUGGUCACAUAUUUCUUCAGUUUAUCUAUUCCGGCGAUGAUAAGCUUAUUGAUUGCGAAUAUAUACGGCAGAAGCAUCACAUUCAAGAGUUUAUCAGCAAAUUCAAUGGCGAAGUGGCCUUGGCCCGAUCGCACAAUUUUACAAAUCAUCCCACAAAUCACCACCAGUACAGUCUGCCCGCGGUGACACAGCACGAGUUCCGUGAGUUCCUGGACAAUGACGCCAUUCCGUCCAGCUAUCGGAUGGCCUUCGAGGACAUGGAGGACUUUGAGAGUGUCAACGAUGUCACGAGGAGAUCCGAGCGAUUCGGCAUGAGGAAUUUCACAUUCGUGCAUUUGAGGACACUGGAGGACGUGCCGAAGGAUCUGGUGGCGCUGAUGGACAUGAAGGAGGUCAAGGAGCAGUGCAAUGUGCGUCACGCUGAGCUGAAGAAGAUUGUUGGUGGUCUGGAUAGUAAUGAUGAGGAUGUGAGGAGAAAUGCCUCAGAACAUCUCAAUCGACAGCGCAGGGACUUGUCGAAUGUGUUGAUCAUCGGCAACACCAAGUGGUGCGGCCGUGGAUUCAUUGCCACCAAGUACACAGACAUGGGCGGCUUCUCCAAAGCCGAUCGCUGCUGUCGGCAGCACGACAAGUCCUGUCCCUUCUGGAUUACAGGCUUUCAGACCAAGUAUGGCAUUUUCAAUUGGCGCGUCGGCACACUCAGUCACUGCAAAUGUGACUACAGAUUCCGAACAUGCCUGAAGAUGGCAGAUUCGCCUGAUGCAAAUAUCGUUGGGAAGAUUUUCUUCAACAUCGUGCAAUCCAAGUGUUUCAUUCUCAAGCCCGAAAAGUACUGCAAGCAGCGCUCUUGGUGGGGCGAAUGUCUCAAGAAGGGCGUUCGGAAGCGCGCCCACUUGCGCGACAACAGGAAAUACUAAGCCAAGAAAAAUCUGCGAAAUCAAAUGCAUAAACUUUCUAACAGAGAGAGAGAGAGAGAGAGAUGAAUUUUCCAAAAUGUGUUAUGGAAUUGUUAGGAAGAACUUAACAUCUUGGAGCAAUUCUGAGUAACACACAAAAAUGCUAAACUUCAAACAUGUAAAAGUUUAAUACAUUUGAAAUGAAUAAGGAAUAAACAAUGUGUUAGAGAGAAAAAAUUGCAAAAUUUGGGAAGAUUCCUAAAAUUCAUGUAAAUAAACAGUAAAAUCUUGAUAAAAAGAAUUUAGUGGAAACAUAAUUCAUGUUCAUGCUUGAAAAUUAGAGACACAAUCGCAGAUUGAUUGAUUUUUGCAAGAUAUUUGCAGAUUAACAUCUGUCAAUCUGCUUUUCGUGUUAAAAUUACACAUUCUGGCGAUACAAAAUGGCUUAAAACAUGUUGGCUGGAAUAGAAAAUAACACAAAUGGUGAAAUUUUGACUCAGAAUAGCAAAGGCGUGUGUUAAACCAAUAUAACACAGUUUUAACAUAUUUUGUGUGACUAAGAAUUGCUCCAUAUAUGAAUGUAUUAAAUGAAUUUGUAAUAAAUUAAUUCUUUAACAUUUAGACACAGCAAUGUGAUUCAUUAGAUCUUAUAGAACAACAAGAUAAAAAAAAGCUCAGUUUCUUUCCUAAAUAUAUUGUGUAAAAUAUAUUGAGUUGACGAUAAAAUACAGAGAUGAAAUAUAUUUAUUGUGUUACUUAAGAUUUAUGAUUUAAGUAGAGAUUUUCCAAAAUACAUUUAAGUAGGUUGAAACAAUUUGUAGUUAUAUAUAAAAUAUAUAUAUAAAUAUUUAUGGAAAAUGUAUACUGCAUUUAAGAUACUUAAGAAUGAAAGAAGAAAGAAGAAAAACAUCUCAUAAACUUAUUCACAUUGUAUUGAAAAGUCAUGACAAGAAUUACUCUAGCCAGUUAAAAUAUAUAAAAAAGGGUAGAAAAGUCGAUUAGUUUAGACUUUUUAAAUUUAAGAUGCAUAAAGAUUUAUAAAUAUUUAUUGUUCGGUGCCAAAUAUUGCCAAUUGCAGGAGAACAAAAAAAAAGGAAAAGAAAAACCUUUGAAAACACUGAAUUUUCUAACACUUUCGCGACUGAUGUCAAAAGCAGUUGCGAAUUAUUGUAAUUCAUUCUAUUUAUUUGCAUUGACUUAUGUUCAUGUGUUCAAAAUUUACACAUCUAAGCCUGUAUAUAAAAUUCACAGUGAGAAUAAAUGCAUUAUCAUAAAUAAAA